UAGAGCCAAAUCAAACUUAUCAUUUAACCGCAGAAAGAAGCUAAAAUUUGAUCUGUCGCUGCCGACUCGACUCGACUCGAUUUAUUUUUGCAAUGGCCUCGAUUAAAUAUUUUGUUGCAUUGGUUCUUUUUUCAGCAGUUGUUGGUCCUGCAUCCGCCACUGACUUUAUAGUUGGAGACUCAGACGGUUGGAGAACCAAUUUUGAUUACAAAACCUGGGCCGCCAGCAAAGAGUUUCACGUUGGCGACAAUCUCAUUUUCAGGUACUCUCCGGGACUUCACAAUGUUCACAGAGCGGAUUUAGUCUCGUUUCAAAAUUGUACACCAUCCGCGACAAGUGUGGCUCUUACUACCGGAAAUGAUAAGGUUGCUCUUGCAAGUUCAGGGAGAAAAUGGUAUUUGUGCACCAAAGCCACUCAUUGUGCCACCGGAAAUAUGAAGCUUGCUAUAACAGUGUUGCCUCAAGUAGGGUCUCCAGCACUAGCACCGGCACUGGCACCUGCUUAUUCAGCAGCUACUAGACAUGGAGCUGCUACAAUAUGUUUGGCAUGGAUUGCUGCAGCACUUGGUACAUUCAUCAUGAUGAUGAUUAUGAAUUGAUUCAGACUGGAGUAGUCUAAUUUUUGUAUAUUUUCCUUUUUGAGCAAAUGCUACUAUUCUUCCUUGUCAUUUUAUUUGUUUGUAUUGGUAUUCGUAUAAAUAAUAGUAUAUUCUGAGUGUUUUAUUA